CUGAUAUUUAUACAUCUGCACGGGUAAAACACUUCAUGCACAAUCAGCAUUUUAUUUCUUAUCAUUAUUUGUUUUAAUCAUUCUGAAGUGAAAUAUUGCAGUGAGGAUUUUUUUUUACCUCCUUGAUCCCCCUCUUGCAUUUUUUUUUUUAAUUAAUCCAAAACGUGCAUGCAGAUGUUUCAGAGAAAUGUCUGUUUGUUAUUUUUCCACCGGGGUCUAAUUUGGGUUUAUCUUAAGUUGGAUGAAAUUGCUUUUAGUUGUAUGUUUACCCGUUUAUGGACGAGCAUCACCUCUAUUGGCCGAUCUGGUCACAUGGUUCGCUAACUUUAUUCAGUUGACACCAAGUAGGAGGGCUUUAUGGAGGGAGGAAAAAAAGACAACUCGAGAAAAAUUAGUAUUUUCUACCUUCAGAAAUUAAUGGCCAUGAGUUCGUAUAUGGUGAACUCUAAGUAUGUGGAUCCCAAAUUUCCUCCCUGCGAGGAAUAUUCACAAAAUAACUAUAUACCUGAGCAGGGCUCGGACUACUACAGUCCAUCGCAGGACACAGACUUUCAGCAUCCAGGGAUCUACCCACGGUCAAACUACACGGAGCAGCCCUUCAGCUGCAACACUGUGCAGGACUCCACAGUGCAGCCUCGGGGUCAUGUGCAGGAAAGAUCCGGCCACUCGAGUCCUUUUAGCGCACAGACUGAACAGGGGCCCCCGGUCCAAGUGGCCGGACCCCGGACUUGUGGACAGCAGCAAAACACAAAGAGCCAAAAUGGGAUACAAGCCAAGCAGCCUGCAGUAGUUUACCCCUGGAUGAAGAAAGUCCACAUAACUACUGUGAACCCGGAUUACACAGGACCUGAACCCAAACGGUCCAGAACAGCUUACACCAGGCAGCAGGUUUUGGAGCUUGAAAAGGAGUUUCAUUUUAACAGGUAUCUGACCAGGCGGCGACGGAUUGAGAUUGCCCAUACUCUUUGUCUCUCCGAAAGGCAGAUCAAAAUCUGGUUUCAAAACAGACGGAUGAAAUGGAAGAAAGAUCACAAGCUACCCAACACCAAGGGCAGAUCUGCACCAGCCUCCAGUCAUCUGCAAAGCAUCCAGAAGGAUAACCAGACUGAUAUCACAUCAUUAUAAGAGAGGUGUCACACCUUUUUUUUUUUUUUUAAAGAAAUGAACUGUACAUAAAAAAAAGACAAAAGGUUGCAUCUGACUUUUGCAUGGACUGAUGUCGUUUUUAGCCUUUUAUUAUUUUUAUUUUUUUAAGUUAACAAAU